AAACAGCCUAUAUCCAAAGCUUUAUUCGUUUCUUUGUAAUACGCAAAGUAGAAAACGGCCUAUAUCCGUUCCCGCCAAUUUCAGUCGGCAAAAUGCGUAAAUCCCAGAACGUGUAAUAACGCUUACGGUGAACACGUGCAUCUGCGAAUUUACAGCUUGGUGCAAGUGAUAGUGGAAUCUAUAUUUCCAUAAAGGCUUUUGAAAGAUUAUGGCGAGACGAAUUGACAGAAUCUUCGAUGCGUUGAAGUCUACUACCAGCUAUGAACCAGUAAAUGAAAAAAAUAAUAACUACGACCUAUCGAAGGUUAUUCAGGAUGCUGAAAUAAUAUUUUCAGACGCUGCUGGCGAAGACUACAGUGCUGUUGGAAAUGUGGAUUCAGUAGAAGCGCAAAGUGCUAGCGAGUGCAAUAGUGAAUUGUAG